GGCUCAAAGCUUUACGCGAAGACUGACCCUCUGUGGUGCCGGUUUUGAGGAUGAGCCACUUGGAUGCAUGAGCGCUGGCUAUGGCGGUGCGGCGCCCACAGGUGUCAGCAAGAACAUCGCGGUGCUCGCGGGCGACGGCAUUGGGCCGGAGGUCAUGGUCGAGACCGUGAAGGUUUUGAAGAAGGUUGGGGAGCUGUAUGGCCAUAACUUCACCUUCAAAGACUACAAGGUGGGUGGUGCUGCCUGGGCCGCCACUGAGGCCGCCGGGGAGACUCCGUCGCACUUGCCGGCCGCCACGCUGGCCGGCUGCGAAGCCUCGGAUGCGAUCCUGUUUGGCUCCGUGGGAGGCCCGGUGGACCAGCAGCAUGAGCCGCAGUGGAAGGAUUGCGAGAAGAACGCCCUGCUGGGCUUGCGGAAGCGCUUCAAGCUGGCGGUGAACCUCCGGCCCUCUAAGGUCUAUCCAUUCCUGUCACACCUGUGCCCUUUGAAGCCCUCGAUCAUAGGCACCGGCGUUGAUAUGGUGAUCAUCCGCGAGCUGGUCGGAGGUAUCUACUUUGGUGAGCACAAGCGAGAGGGAGACAAGGCGUUCGAUGUGAUGGAGUACACGGUGGAAGGCAUUCGGAAGCCGAUGACCUUCGCCUUCGAGGCCGCCCGGUUGAGGCGGAAGAAGGUAACGGUCGUGGACAAGGCCAAUGUCUUGGAAUGCUCGCGCCUUUGGCGCGAGGUCGCGCGGGAGGUGCACAAGGGCUACCCCGAUGUGGAGCUUGACUUCAUGUACAUCGACAAUGCCUGCAUGCAGGUCAUUCAGAAGCCCUCCUUCUUCGACGUGGUAGCCACCGGGAACAUGUUUGGCGACAUCUUGUCCGACGCGGCCAGCGUCCUGCCUGGCUCGCUGGGGCUCAUGCCCUCCGCCUCACUGGGGGAUGGGCUGCACAUGUAUGAGCCCAGUGGUGGCAGCGCGCCAGACAUUGCAGGGAAGAACGCCGCCAACCCCAUCGCCCAGAUCCUGAGCGGCGCGAUGAUGCUGAGGUAUUCCUUUCAACUGGAGAAAGAGGCCUCUGCUGUCGAAGCCGCCUGCGAGACAGUCCUGAGGUCCGGGAAGCUCACUGGAGACCUCCUGGAAGAAAGUGAACGUAAAAAUGCGGUCUCCACCAGCGACAUAGGUGAAGCCGUGGUGAAAGCUUUGACGGCUUAAAGAUCGCGAGCCGAGCAAGCGCUUUGAGC